AAAGGUGAAAAAAAAGAAAUAAAUUUCGAAACGGAGAAAAAUAUCUGAAGGAAGAUGGCGGGAUCUCUAACAGCAUCAGUCCACGAGCACCACCACCGUGGAAACGCGGCGGCAGUUCCAGAAAUUUCCGGAUGGAUGAUCAGUUUUGCUCGAUUUGUUCAGUUUCCGUCAUCUCCCUCUCCGUAUCCAGGUCUGAAACCCGUCGGGAAGAGAGAGAUGUAUUAUUCCCCCCACGGGACGUGGUUGUCGACGUCUUCUUCGAAUGUGUCUCUCCUGAUGCUAGAAGAAGUGAACAGAUCCGACGUGAUUCUCUCCGUCCAACUCGGUGGCAAAGUCCUUGAAGAACACUACAUUUCGAAGCUGAAUUUCACAUGGCCACAGAUGUCGUGUGUUACUGGGUUUCCAUCUCGUGGUAGUCGAGCGAUUUUUGUUAGCUAUAAGGAUUCUGCAAACGAGAUCCAAAAAUUCGCUUUACGGUUUUCUACAUGUGAUGCAUCGUUGAGCUUUGUGGUAGCUCUUAAGGAGAAGCUUAAGGGUUUAGACGAAGCUCGGAACAAGAGAAAUGAAUCUAGCUGCCAGGUUCCUUUCCAGUCAGAUUACAAACCUUCAAAUGCGAGAAUCCGCAGAGCCACUGAGAAAAGGCCAAGUAUGGUGAAACCUCUUGAUGGUUAUUAUGUUCCUGAAAUGCCAAGAUUUGAGUAUGAAGCUCAGAACCAGAAAACUGAAACUAUGUCCGAAGUUUCUUUCCAGUCAGAUUACAACCCUUCAAAUGAGAUUUUCUCCAGAGCCACUGAGGAAGACCCAAAUAUGGUUAAACUUGUUGAUAGUUAUAUUCCUGAAAUGCUACCACGAGUUGAGUAUGAAACUAGACAAACCUUAUACACACCACAAUCUACGAUAAGUCCAAUCCCGAACGAGAGUUCCAGCGACCUCCUUCCAAGUUUCACCACCUUACUCUCUGGUUGCUUCCCCAAUUCCACUCUAGAUGCAGGCCAAGCAAUUGUAAAGCAGGAUCCUGAUCUAAAGUCACAGAUACUGAACUACAUGGAAGAUUCUUCAUUUCAAGAUAUGCUGCAGAAAGUAGAGAGAAUUAUGGAAGAAAUUGGAGGUAACUGUGUAGGUAGCAAGAUAGGGAUCAGGUCGAGGAAAGUCAAUAUACCAUUGUGUUUCCACGACGCUUGCAUCAACGCAUUUAAACGUGAUUGUUGGUGCUGUCUCGCUGCUGCAACCAAACAAGACUCUUGUUGGUUAGACAAAGAUUAUCCCAACGCCAAAGAGCUGUGCGAGCAAACAUGUAUAAGAUAGAUUUUUGAGGCCAUGCAUGUGUUAUGGAUUGAAGUAAGAAUU